UUUAAGCCCGAUGCCGCCGUCGCGCACUGACGGUGACCGCGGUGCUUCACGACGGAGGAGCGCGUCACCAACACGGACACCCGGUCCCCCCACGCACCCCCUCCCCACGCCACAGCGUCCCGUUCGAUCGGAACGACCGUGCAGUCCGCAAAGUUUAAAGGGGAAAAAAAGACAGUUGAGAGACACAAAAGUGUCCCCUGCGGGUUAUUGCCUCAGGAAAUGGUGACAGCGUGUCCUCCAUCACCGCGCAGCAGCAGCUUGUACCGCGUCGUUGUCUCGUCUCGCGGCCGUUUCCACGGGACCUGCACCGGCAAUUGAUUGAAGGCUGUGCGAGCAGGUGCGACGUGUCGUGGCUCCGGGGGGCCCCGCAGGCAGCUCAGCAGGUACAGCCGCUACAACAACAAAAAAAAGAAGCCUCCUCGCGAUCCAGCUGGACAUCAGCGGACAUGGCAUCCGCUAUAGAGAGAAAGACGAUGGAGGCAAACGACGAGCCGGUGGAUGAGGUUCUCCAGAUGCCACCGUCUCUGCUGACGUGCGGCGGGUGUCAGCAGAGCAUCGGUGACCGAUUCUUCCUGAAGGCCAUCGAGCAGUACUGGCACGAGGACUGCCUGAGCUGCGACCUGUGUGGCUGUCGACUCGGGGAGGUGGGCCGACGCCUCUACUACAAGCUGGGAAGGAAAUUAUGUCGGAGAGACUACCUCAGGCUUUUCGGUCAGGACGGUCUCUGUGCUUCCUGUGAGAAGAGGAUUCGAGCGUUUGAGAUGACGAUGCGCGUGCGGGACAAGGUUUACCACCUGGAGUGCUUUAAGUGUGCCGCCUGCCAGAAGCACUUCUGCGUGGGUGACCGCUACCUGCUCAUCAACUCGGACAUUGUGUGCGAGCAGGACAUCUUUGAAUGGACCAAACUCAACCACAACAACAUGAUUUAGCAGAAUGAAGAAUGUCACCCUGCCUUUUUCCUCUUAAAGGGGAAUAAACCAUUGAGGAAAUGGACUUUGUGUAGCCUUUGCAGGCAUUACACUGUUAAAUUAUGUUCCAGAAAGGAGAGGCUACUCCUCUGCAUUGCUCCCUGCUGGAGACAAAUGUAAACUGAACCAGCAAUGACAGAAAGCUUUUAAUCAUAGGCUUCAUCCUUAAAUGCAAAGACGAAAACGUAAAUACUGCAAUACUUAAACAUGCAAUAAUAGUUGUUUUUUAUACACUGGAAUUUUAUCUUUAGCAACGAACAAACUCAAAUCUUUGUCAAAUUUAUUUUAGUCCAACACUGUUUAAUCAGGUCAGACGUAUCUGUUAAAUUUUGUGUUUUUUUUUUUUUAUGAUUCUUAAUUUCCUGAGAAAUGAGAUAUGGUAUUAAUUAUAGUUAAAAUAGAUACUUCUUUAAAGGAGUUGUUCCAUUUAAAAUCAAAGUAAAUGUCAAUUAUAUAAAUUCAUUUAUUAUUGGAAGCUUGAAUUCUCCCUUUGUUUAAAAUCGUACGUUUCCUGCGGACAACUUUCAUGUUUGGAUGUUUAGUGAAACCGCUGGACUGACUAUCUAAAUAUCUGUUGUUCUCUUCAGACAAUCUCCCCUGGCAAACAGAUUUAUUUAUAAAAGCUUUUAAUUCAUUAGGAAUUAACAGACCUGUAAAUUGUUUCAGGGUAUGCAUGCGAUACGCAUUCCCUUUUGAAAGGUCCCUGUCAGAUUGAUUGUGCUGCGUUGCCAGGUGGAAAUAGAGGCGCCCUCUGGUGACCAAGGGAUCGCAUGCAAAACUAAUGUUACUGACUUUGGAGAUGUGUCUUUUUGUAACGGAUACACCACGCCGGACAUGCACCAUCGACUUUUUGGACAUUUACUAUUGAAUAAAUUUCAGAGAAUUUGGAGAAACCGUUUUAA